CCAUCGUCUCCUUCCUCCAUCACCCCCGGGUCCUCGGCGCCUCGCAAACCCUAGAACCGUCCCGCCGUCGGCGCCAUGUCGAAGCGCCCGAAGCUGGGGGGGUUCAGCAUCCCGCGGCCGACCACCUACAGCUUCGAGCGCUCGCAGCCCGUACCGCGGCUAUACCGUCCCACCGACGACCCGGACCUCGACGACAUCGCCUUCUCCGACGACGCUCCCACAGACGCCCCCGCUGCCGCCGCGGUGGCCAGCAAGGCGCAGGAUGCGGAAGAGAUCGACCCGCUGGACGCCUUCAUGGCGGAGAUCCAGGAGGAGAUCCGCGCUCCGCCCCCGCCACCCAAGCCCGAGGCGGUUCGCCGCGCAGACUCUGACGAUGACGAGGAUGACCCCGUCGAGAGCUUCCUGCGGGCCAAGAAAGACGCCGGGCUCGCGCUCGCCGCCGACGCUAUGCGCGCCGGUUACGACUCCGACGAGGAGGUCUACGCCGCUGCCAAGGCCGUCGACGCCGGCAUGAUGGAAUACGAUUCUGACGACAACCCCAUAGUCGUGGACAAGAAGAAAAUCGAGCCCAUACCAGCACUCGAUCACUCGACCAUCGAGUACGACGCCUUCACCAAAGAUUUUUACGAGGAGAAGCCGUUGAUUUCAGGUAUGAGUGACCAAGAGGUGGCAGAUUAUAUGAAAAGUUUGGCAAUUAGGGUUUCCGGUUUUGAUGUGCCAAGGCCAAUAAAAAACUUUGAGGAUUGUGGGUUUCCUGUACCGUUAAUGAAUGCUAUUGCCAAGCAGGCUUAUGAAAAACCAACAACAAUUCAGUGUCAGGCUUUACCUAUAGUACUUUCAGGCAGAGAUAUCAUUGGAAUUGCAAAAACUGGUUCAGGCAAAACUGCAGCUUUUGUACUCCCUAUGAUUGUUCAUAUUAUGGAUCAGCCUGAGCUUGAGAAAGAAGAAGGACCAAUAGGAGUGAUUUGUGCUCCAACAAGAGAAUUGGCACAUCAGAUAUAUCUCGAAGCUAAGAAGUUUGCAAAGCCUUACAACCUUCGAGUUGCUGCUGUAUAUGGUGGGGUUUCCAAAUUUGACCAGUUUAAAGAACUGAAAGCAGGCUGUGAAGUAGUCAUUGCAACCCCAGGGAGAUUAAUAGACUUGCUGAAGAUGAAGGCAUUGAAGAUGUUCAGGGCAACUUAUCUGGUUCUUGAUGAAGCUGAUCGCAUGUUUGAUCUUGGAUUUGAGCCACAAAUAAGAUCCAUUGUUGGUCAAAUUAGGCCAGACCGACAAACCUUACUUUUUUCUGCAACGAUGCCAUACAAAGUGGAGCGUUUGGCAAGAGAAAUAUUGACCGAUCCUAUUAGAGUUACAGUUGGUCAGGUUGGCAGUGCUAAUGAAGACAUUAAACAAGUUGUCAACGUACUCCCUUCUGAUACUGAGAAAAUGCCUUGGCUUUUGGAGAAAUUGCCUGGAAUGAUUGAUGAUGGAGACGUUCUUGUAUUCGCAUCUAAGAAGGCUAGAGUGGAUGAGAUAGAGAAAGAGUUGAAUCAGAGAGGAUUCAGAAUUGCAGCACUUCAUGGUGACAAGGAUCAAGCUUCACGUAUGGAGACCCUACAGAAGUUCAAAUCUGGGACAUACCAUGUUCUGGUUGCAACUGAUGUUGCUGCACGAGGUCUUGACAUCAAGUCAAUUAAAACAGUUGUUAACUUUGAUAUUGCGAAAGAGAUGGAUAUGCAUAUUCACCGAAUUGGAAGAACUGGCCGUGCUGGUGAUAAAGAUGGCACUGCAUACACUCUGAUUACACAGAAGGAGGCACGCUUUGCUGGUGAACUGGUUCACAGUUUGAUAGCUGCUGGUCAGGAUGUACCCAAUGAACUCAUGGAUCUGGCUAUGAAGGAUGGAAGAUUUAGAGCAAAACGGGACUCCAGGAAAGGUGGGAAGAAAGGAGGUGGCAAAGGAAAAGGUGGUGGCGGGGGUGCUGGGCGCAGUCGUGGUGUGCGUGGAGUUGAUUUUGGCCUUGGCAUAGGUUACAAUGCUGAAUCUGGUGCACAAGUACCUGCUCCAAGAACUGCUGCUGUAAAUUCGUUGAAGACGGGGAUGAUGCAGCAAUUUAAGAGCAGCUUUGUGUCUGGAUCUUCGAAUACACCAAGCAGCAGUGCGCCUUCCUUUGUAAGACCAGCACUUCGCGGUUUUGUGUCUGGCGGCACCAUAGGAGGAGACUCGCGGCCAGCACAAUCAGCCCCCUCCUUCGUCCCUGCAUCCCGGUCAGCGCCGUUGGCACCCUCCUUCGUCCCUGCAUCCCGGCCUGCAGGAAAUAGCAAUGAAAUCGGGAACCAAAAUCCAGAAAGUUCACGGGAUCGGUCCAGGGAGAGAAAACGACCAUCGGGUUGGGAUCGCUAGUCCCUGUUAGCCGAUGUACCGAAUUGUGAUUUCUUUUUCCCCUUUGUUGAAGCAUAUUGAUGUAAACUGUAGAUUAUAUGAUGUGAAAUUGUGAAGGAUAAGUGUUGUUUUUAGUUUCCCCUGUAUCCUUCGCCCAACAACUGUUGUAUCUGGCUACACGGUUUUCCCCAGCUGUGAUCAUCAAACUGCAUUGUGCAGCCUUGCUACCGAUUCCAUAAAA